AUGUCUAUCAAGCAGCUUCCUGAGGAUGUUGCAGCUCAGAUCAAGUCCUCGGUGGCUAUUACCUCGCUGAACCAUGUUGUCUGUGGGCUUGUCAAAAACUCGCUAGAUGCUGGCGCAUCAAGGGUCAACGUCUCUGUUGACUAUCGCCGGGGAAACUGCUCGGUCGAAGAUGACGGUCACGGAAUCCCUCCAUCUGACUUCCAGAAAGGUGGCGGCCUAGGGAAGCUUUACUACACCUCCAAGUACCCCCCUCAGCCCAACCGCCAUGGGAGGCAUGGCACCUUUCUGGCAUCCCUGGCAGCCUUAUCUCUCUUGUCGAUCACUUCGCAUCACAAUGAAUACAACUCGCACAAUUCCUUGUCCAUCCACAACUCCAACCUUAUUGCUCGCAACACCCCUGCGCUACCAGAGCAGAGAGUGUUGACUUUUCCCCAUGGAACGAGAGUCACUGUUCGCGACUUGUUUGGUUCUAUGCCAGUUCGCGUCAAGCAACGAGCCCUGGAGCUUGAGAGGUCGGGUUAUAGUAAAACCUUGGACCAGGUAGUCUUUGUUCUCGUCGCCUUGACUAUUGCUUGGCCUGGAGAUGUAUCCAUCACCCUGAGAGACGCAAGUAGCCACCAAACACUGACCUUACGGACUGGGGAACCUGGAAAUCAGCGGGCUGGCCAGCUUCAUACCGACUCGUCGCUUAUUCUUUCACGUACUCCGAGACUUCUUGCUCAAGCGUCCCUGUACGACGGGGCGGCUGUGGAGUCAUGGGUACCCAUCGGAGCUUCCGCGCCGGGUGUUUCCAUUAGUGGAUGCGUGUGCCUCCUGCCCGUUGCUACAAAGCGUUUGCAAUUUCUGACGAUUGGAAUCGAGCCGUUUCUGAACGAAUACAGCUCGAAUUUUCUCUAUGAGGAGAUCAACCGUGUCUUCGCUAAUUCUGCCUUUGGAGUGUCGGAUGGGGAAUGCGAUCCGGAUGGCCUGGAUGUGAAUGAGAAGGAUGGCGUGCCAAAAAGCAGGGACCUCAAGACAAGGAAAGACAUUGAUCGUUGGCCGAUAUUCUACCUGCAAAUCGCUCUCCAUGGCCAACCCUUCGGAAAGCUAUCCGGCUUAGAGGAUCUUUUCGAUAACGGAACGCAGGGUCUGACAACGAUCACUGAUCUCCUGCGGGUCAUGUCUUAUGAGUUCCUGAAAAAGCACCAUUUCCGGCCAAAGCCAGUUCGAGCCUCCCCUGAAUCCGACUUCUCCGACCCUGAAUCUGCAACCUCGUCCAAGGCUCGGUCUGUUGUAACGCUAUCACAGCCUGUCCCCGAUUCGACAGUGAGGGGUCACCGAAAGUCUCACUCGCCCUUCGCAACCGAUGAUUCGGCCCCAACCAGCAGACGUAGUAAUCUGAGGAGGCAAAACCAAGCUCGUAGUCGCCCUACGAGUAUGCCAGAAUCACCAUUUGACUUAUGGUCCAAGGUUAAAGCAGGGCGAUCACUGCCUAGAAUGCCUAAGGCUUCUGGAGCAACCGACCCAGUGUCAUCUGAAACCGACAACCGCGGUGUUCCUCCCCAGGAACACCCCUCUCCAUCCUCAGUGGCUUUUUUACCUAUGAUGGACACGUCUGGCAAGCUCCUGCGCAAACCUUUCGAUAUUGUCAAGACAGACGAUAAAAAAGAGAGCACACUGUCUAGUUUGUCGCAACCAGAUGCUAGUACACGUCCACAGCAGGAUCCAAACCAGCAAAAUGAAACGGUCAUUUGGGUCGAUCCAAUGACCAAGAUUAGGUCGACCAUCAAUACGAGGACGGGUUUCGUGGUUAACACAAGUGCAGGAACAGGAAAGCGGGCCUCAAUACCGUCAAAGAAUCAUCCUGGCAGGGAAAAUGCGCCGCCAUCUAGCCCAUGGAUCCGAGACAUCUUGUCGUCAUGGAAGAACCCUGCAUUUUGCCCAAUUGAACCACCGAUUCCUCGCAUCUCUGGUGCCUCAGAAGCAGGUAUUCUUCAAGCAGGGAACGGACACGCGUGUUCUGCGAUCAACUCAUUCGGGGACUCUUCGGAGACAUCGUCGAUGCAUCUUCCAAGUCGAAUUUCUGGGAAUGCACUACGGCAAGCUGAAAUCAUUGGCCAGGUCGACACGAAGUUCAUCCUCGCGAAGGUUUCCUUGGAUGCUACUGGAAAUACGCCCGCCUUAACCACGACAGAAUACGAUCAGAGAUCCUUGCUGGUACUUAUCGAUCAGCAUGCGGCGGACGAAAGGUGCCGCGUAGAGUCACUGAUGCAGUCCUAUUUCUCGCCCAACGAGUCAGGAUCUGGGUCAUGGAAUGCACGAACUGAGGCACUUGAGAAGCCCCUGAUGUUCGAAUUGUCAAAUAAGGAGGGGCAUCUUCUCCGCCGUUAUCAGGAGCAUUUUGAGCACUGGGGUGUUUUGCUGAAGACCGCAUUUUCCAAUGAUGCUGCCUCGGAACGGAAAAAUGAAGGAUACGCAAAGGUGGAAGUUCGGAGCCUCCCUCCCAGCAUAUUGGAGAGGUGCCGUCUGGAGCCGAGGCUCGUAGCUGAUCUUCUCCGGAAGGAGAUCUGGAAACUACAUGAUGAGCCAAGCAUUGCAGUCAAGUUCAAGGAAAACAGGCCUGAGGGACCCGGAGAACUGAAUUGGGUUCGCAUGUUCCAUGGCUGCCCUCAAGGCAUCUUGGACUUGAUAAACUCCAGGUCUUGCAGAAGUGCCAUCAUGUUCAACGAUCCCUUGACCUUGGAACAAUGCGAAGACCUAGUUAAGCGACUUACGGAUUGCGCCUUUCCGUUCCAGUGUGCCCAUGGCCGGCCAUCGAUGGUUCCACUUGUUGACCUUGGGAACAGAAUGUCUCUUGGAGGACUUAUAGACAAUAAGAGUACCAACGAGGAUGUAAUCAUGGCACUAUCUUGGAAGUCCUUCGACUUCUUCGAGGUCAACCAAGUCAAGCUCGCCGACGACGACACGCGCAACUUCUUCGAAAGCAACGAGAUAUCGAGUAUCUGCUCUGGGUCAGACAGCCUGUUCCUCGGCAGCGAUGACGGAUAUGUGCGCAUCAUUGCGCCGAGCUGGAAGGUCCUUCGCAGCUUCCAGGCGCACGAGUCUGGCAGGAUAACACACAUGCGACAGGUCGAGGGGACAAGCUUCCUCGUCACAAUUGCCGAGGAUUUAAGUGCCGAGCCAGUCCUGAAAGUCUGGGCUCUGGACAAGCCGGUCAAGAAGACGGGCAUCCCCACUUGCCUGAGUACGCUGACUGUCAAUAAUGGGAGGAGGCCGUUCCCCAUUUCUGCUUUCACAGCAACCGAAGACUUGUCACAACUGGCUGUGGGCUUUGCAAAUGGAGCCGUGACCGUGAUCCGAGGCGAUUUGAUUCAUGACCGAGGCACAAAGCAGCGCAUUGUCCACGAAUCCGAAGAACCGAUAACUGGGGUUGAGCUACGUGUGGACUCAAAGUUGACCACCCUCUUUAUCUCGACGACUGCCCGCAUCUUGAAAUUGGUGAUAUCGGGGAAGGGCCAGGGCCAGCCACCCAAGACAGUCGAGGACACUGGCUGUGGUGUAGGGUGCAUGACUGUGGACAAGAAGACUGGAGACAUUGUCAUUGCCCGAGACGAUGCCAUCUACUACUACACCCUGGAUGGCAGAGGCCCUCCCCGUGCAUACGAGGGGCAUAAGAGACUGGUUUCGGUUUACCAAGACUACGUUGCUAUCGUGUCUCCUCCUGCAGACUCGCCUACUCGAGGGGAGCCUGAUUCGCUGAGACACCGCUUCGGUGGGCAGACAGCAGACGAGCUCUUUAAUAGCACCUCGACCUUCACGCUCCUCGAGACUGACCUCAAGCUCAUUGCGCAUACCGAGUCUCUCAUUUCACAAGUUCAAGCAAUCUUCCAAAUAUGGGGUGAUCUCUACACCCUCACCCAAGAUGGAAAGGUCUUCCGCUAUCACGAGAAGACUCUCCAGCAAAGGCUGGAAAUGAUAUACCAGAGGAACCUCUACACCCUCGCGAUCGAACUUGCACAGCAGUGUGGCAUGGACGGUCAGCAGCAAAAUGUCAUUUUCCGAAAAUAUGGAGAUUACCUCUACCAGAAGGGGAAUUACGACGAAGCAAUGACCCAGUACAUCAAAGCCAUUGACAGCACCGAGCCAUCACAGGUCAUCAGGAAGUUCCUCGACACCCAAAGGAUACACAACCUCAUCGAGUAUCUUGAGGAACUACAUGAUCACCACAAGGCAACAGCCGAUCAUACCACCCUGCUCCUGAAUUGCUACGCAAAGCUGAAGGACCUUGAUAAGCUGGAGAAGUUUAUCAAAUCCCCGGGGGACCUCAAGUUCGAUCUUGACACCGCCAUAUCCAUGUGUCGUCAAGGCGGCUACUAUGAGCAGGCGGCAUACCUCGCAGAGAAGCACGGCGAGACUGACCUGGUAGUUGACAUUCUGAUUGAAGACUCUAAGAAGUACCAAGAUGCCCUGAAUUUCAUAUGGCACUUGGACCCUGACACGGCCUAUCCAUGCCUCAUGAGGUAUGCUCGCGUCCUCAUCGAGCACUGCCCCAAGGACACCACCCAGGUUUUCAUCGACUACUACACAGGCAAGUAUAGGCCAAGGGUCCAUCUCGCUGCCGUGUCCGAGGGUGUCGCAGCACCCGCUGUUGGAGGGCUCGCUGCGGGCGCCGCGAAUGCCGUCCAGAAUCUUACGAGCUAUAUACCGCUACCAUACCUCAACACCCCGGGCCCUGCCUUAUCCGGAACCCCAGGCAAUGGCAACGCGACGGUUGGCGAUGCCAACACAAUCAUCAACCCGGAAGAUAUCCCCGCACCUACGUACUCACCGCCUCCUCCUCGCACGGCGUUUUCGUCGUUCAUCGACCACCCCGACGAGUUUAUCGUCUUCUUAGAGGCAUGUCUUGAAUACGAAGACUGGUCUGAUCCCGACAGGACUGAUCUCUCCACGACGCUCUUCGAGAUGUACCUCCAUAAGUCAAACGAGAAGAAAGGCGAUGAACACCGCGAAGAGUGGGAGAAGAAGGCCAAGGCCCUCAUCGACAGCCAGGGCCAAGGCCCGGACAGCAAGAUCCCCAUCUCCAACGCCAACGUCCUCCUCCUCUCGCACCUGUCCGACUUCCGCGACGGCACGACGCUCGUCAAGGAGCAGUCGGGCCUGCUCUUCGACAUCUUCCGCUCCUACACGUCGGCCAAGGACACGGCGGGGGCCCUCAAGGCGCUGCGCAAGUACGGCCCCGACGAGCCGCAGCUGUACCCGGCGGCGCUGGCGUACCUGACGUCGGACGCGCGCGUGCUCGACGAGGCCGGGCCCGGCGAGCUGGCGGCGGUGCUGGGCCGCAUCGACGAGGGCGGCCUCAUGGCGCCGCUGCAGGUGGUGCAGACGCUCGGCAAGAACGCCGUCGCCACCAUGGGCAUGCUCAAGCCGUACCUGGCCGGCCGGAUCGAGCGCGAGAGGCGGGACAUCGCGGCCAACAGGCGCGCCGCGGAGGCGUGCCGCGCGGAGACGGGCCUGCGCCGCGCGGAGAUCGGCGCCCUGGGGUCCAAGCCCGCCGUGUUCCAGGCCACGCGCUGCUCCGGCUGCGGGGCGCCGCUGGAGUUGCCUGUUGUGCAUUUCUUGUGCAAGCAUAGCUUCCACCAGAGGUGUCUGAGGGGAGGGGGCGCUGCGGCGGCUGGGACGGGGACGGGAGACGAGUCCGAGGCGGCGGGGGAGUGUCCGGUCUGCGCCAAUGAUAAUAAUACUAUCCGCGCGCUGAGGAAGACGCAGGAGGAGUACGCCGAGAGGCAUGAGUUGUUCAAGGACGAUCUGGAGAGGAGCGAGGACCGGUUCGGGACGAUUGCGCAGUGGUUCGGGCGCGGGGUCAUGGGGCCUCAGAGUGUGGAGUGA